AUGAGCUGUUGCAAAGUGUUCCUAAGAGGAACACCAAUAUUAUCAUUAACAUUCUCGAAAUCGAAAUUGAAAAUCCAACACAAGUUGUUACAGUUUCGUAGGUUGUCUUCAAAGACAAAUUGUUCCUCUCUUGAACCUCCAGAUGUGUCUCAUUUGGCAAAAAUUGCUCAUAUCUCUCUUACACCAACUCAGGUUGAAGAAUUUGGUCCAAAAAUUCAGCAGGUGAUUGGCUGGUUUGGACAGUUGCAGGGUGUUGAUCUUGAAAGCAUUGAGCCUUCAAUUAGAGCAGAUACUGAAAACAAUUUGCGUGACAAUACUCCUGAAACAUUUGAUCAACGGGAUGUUAUCAUUGCUUCGCUUCCGAGCUAUGAGGAGCCUUACAUUAAAGUUCCAAAGGUCUUAAACGUGGACUGA